UCCUGGAGUCCCAUCAGAUUGAUAACAAAACAAAAGCUCUGCUUUAAUUUCAGAAGCAUUUACGGGUGGGAUUAUUAUAACAGGAGAAUUCAGAAGGAACGAACGGUUCUGAUAUCCGAAAAAUCAAGGCCCUCGCAAAUUUUGCAACUACUAUUUCAUGGCCGUCAACUACGUCAGCAAACUUCUGUUGUCAACACCAGAUUCAGCAACGCAGGAGGAUCUGUGAUAGGGAAGGGAACGGUAAAAUCAACCCCUUAAGCAGAAACUCGUUCCUCAACAAUUUUUACCACUCAAAUGACUAGCCCUUAACCUCAAAAACAUCCACCAAAAUUCAUUCAAUCCGUUUGACAGUGUGAAAAUUUUGGGGUAGGUAGAUGACGAAUUCUAUUGAUGCAGUUAUGCCGGUGAAUGGAAAGAUUUUGGAGACAUUGUGGAAUCCUGUGGAGAUUUUCAAAAGACCAAGACAAGUUAAAUAUGCGGUUCUCAUCACGAAUCGUCCUAUUUCAUUGAGUGAAGAUGUGGUGAUGCCUAUUUGGAAAGAAGCAAUGAUAAAAAUCGCUAUUGACGGAGGGGCAGACGUUUGGCUUGAAUACAUUGGCCCACUGGCUGAAGAAAUAUUCAAAGGAAAUUAUCCAGAGUUAGUUCCAACAUUAAUAACUGGAGAUUUCGAUAGUAUCUUACCAGAGACCCUCAAUAAAUUUAAAAGUCUUGAAGUUCAGAUAAUUGAGACGCAAGACCAGAAUUAUACCGAUCUUUCAAAGGCGCUUAUCCAACUGGCUGUACAUUGUAAAACUCGUAAUAUUUCUUUGGACGUAGUGUACGUUUUCGUCGGCAAUGGAGGUCGAUUCGAUCACAUAAUGGCAACCAUUAAUACCUUGUACAAGAGCAAAACAUUAAUGGGCGACAAUCACGUAGAAAAGAUAAUUCUAGUCUCGGGCAACAGUUUAUCAUGGCUAUUAAGGGCGGGAAAACACAGAAUUAAAAUUCCCGAGAUUUUACAUGAAAAAAAUUCAUGGGCUGGUCUCAUUCCAAUGGGCUGUACCGCUAAUGCAUCGACAACGGGCCUCAAGUGGAAUCCGAGUACUCCAUUGAAUUUCGGAGGAAUGGUCAGCACAUCUAAUACUUACGAUGGAUCUCCCGAAGUUACUGUGAACACAGAUUCAGAUAUUAUUUGGACAAUGGGAAUUGAGCCUUUACUGGAAAUGACAAAUAUCUGUUAACAUUGAUUUCUCAUUUAAGAUUCAAAGUUAGAUGGGAAAUUAUGACGGUAGGGAAUCUAGCUAAUUACCGGAGUACUUAAUCUCAUAAACGGGUGGGAAGUUUCAAUGGAUUAUUUUCAUUUCGAAAUACCUAACGGAAAAUUUACAGGCAAUUUCUUGUACAUUCUGUUAACCGCGGACUUUUUUCACUCAAUACAAUAUAGCAAUGCAAAAUUAUUGAUUUUACAAAUUGUAGCUGAAUUUAUUAGAUCAUUUAUUGACAAAAGUAGGAAAUAUUGGAGGAAACCAUGACUUUAUGAUUUCAAAAAUUCACAUUACCAAAGUAAUUGUAUGAAUGCGUGUGUACUCAAGUGAAAUUACAGUAAAAAAUGCAUUGCAUUGCAUUAAACGACCGUUACACAAA